AUGGAAGUACUUGCUAACACGAACAGCACUACCCCGCCAGGCAGUACCGCUGCUACACACGCCCUUGAAUGCUACCAUUGCAGUUCGGAAACAAUUGGCAGUGAACAAUUCUGUGGUCGUACAUUCCAAAAGGAUAGCAUUCCCGAAACACUAGACAAGUACAAUUUGAGUGUUGUUCGAUCAUGUACUUCAACAUCUGAACAUUUAAUACCAACUUGUCGAAAAACUGUAGAAGAGAAAAACGGAAAUACAAUAACUAAACGAUUUUGCUUCUACACCAAUAAAUCUGAUUCCAUAUUUUGCAACGAACCUCAUGAUGGUAGCCGGGUAUUCUGUCAGGAUUGCUUCACUGACAAAUGUAAUUCAGCGCCACAUUUGUUUGCUCAACAGCUCGGAUUCAUUUUCAUUCCAUUACUUGUCGCCAAAGUAACAUUAAUUUAA